CCGGCGACUAGACAACUCCAGUAACUGUGUAGUGUGUAGCCCCGACCAAUCAUGUGCAUAGGACGGUUUCUUCUGGAAGUGUCUCUGAUCGCAGCUGUGGCAGCUCACCACACAGUGCUCAUCGCAAACCAAGGAGGCGUACACGCUGUGGACCCGAUCAGUCAAAAUGUCAAAACUCUUCUGGAAUACGAAAAAGGAGCCAACACUGUUACCUACAGCUUACAAACUGAAAAUGUUUACGGGAUUUUCCAAAGUCAAAACCCAUUCGAUCACAAAAUAGUCAGGACUAAAAUCGUUGACAAAUCAGAGCCAUGUAAUGUCCACAAUUUGGAAGAAUGGUGCCGUAGGAGCAAGUUAUGUUUUAAAGUAUGCAAGUCUGACAAUCCUUACAUGCCGUUCCGAAUUAAGUUUGGCAAAUGUCUAAAGGCUAGCAACUUGGUAUUAGACUGGAUCAACGACAAUUUAUAUUGGACGUGUGAGCCGAAUGGUCCCGAACAAAAGUCGUCCCUCAAUGUCAUGGAUGUGGACGAUAAACACAAUAAAACUCUUCUAACAAAGUCAAAUCCUAUACAAAGCAUUGAUGUCGAUCCGUAUGAAAAAAAGCUGUUCGUACUGGAGUCAAACGUGUUGACCACCACGACCCUGGAAGGUGGCAAUGAGACGAUGAUUUACCAGUUUGACGAUGGUGUUGAGAACAUCUCCAAGAUCACUCUAGAUACCGAUAGCAAGAUCGUCUAUGUUGUCGGAAAAUCACUAAAUAACAGCAACGACAGGUUCCUGGCCAGGUUAAACUACGACGGAACGGACUACAAGAAAUUGUACACAAGUUCUGACCCGGCGUGGCAGUUUGGGCCAAAGAUUGUCAACAAAGUUGUCUACUGGCUGACUAACUCUAACAACACCGAAUGGCAAGCUGUUGGCGAAGCCGACGUUAAAAUGGAGAAAUUGCUCGUGCCAUUGGGCGUUGUCCAAUGGAGUCUCGUCCAUAUAGAUGCUCAGAAGCCUUUGAACAGUUCACACUGUAGAUUGUCAGGAUGUUCACAUGGUUGUACCAUUUCUUCAUGGAUGAAAGUGGCAUGUCAGUGUCCAGAUGACAUGAUUUUAGCAGAGGACAACAAAACGUGCAAUGUAAUCCCUGGUCUACAGAUCACCACUCAAAAGACCGUUGAAACUCCAAGAACAAAUGAAUCACAGGGUAACAGAGAAUUUGUGAAUGGAUCAGGUGACCUUGCCGAAUCAGCUGUGAACGUAACAGACGACUACACACAUUCAGCUGGCGAGACUUCCCAGAAUGCAACUGUAACAGCUGGAGCAGUAACGGCAUCUUCAAGCAGUAUGACAUUAUUUUAUAUCGUCAUCACAACAAUCUUUGUGUCUGUAUUUAUUGUUGUGAUUGCUGUCAAAAGAAGAGCGAAAAUUGGGAAAUACCAGCCUGCAGAUUCGCAAGAAAGAACGGACUUCUCUUUGUAAAAACGAACUCGAAUUUUUGUACUUACGAAGGUCUAAAUUUAAAUUCCCUAUAUGAUUAUUUUCUAAAUGAUAAAUGACAUUC